AUGGCUUCACAGAAUACCGCUAAGAAAGAAAUUGAGUACUUCACAGUGCCGCCAGAACGCUAUAUUUCAACUCCCACAGAGGUUCUGACAGAUGAUUUGCUGGGGAGCAUCACGAAAUCCAAAGGAAGCCAAGAAAAAGAGAGCGUGCUCAAGCUGGCCCGCCUUGUAGACAGCAUCUCGCAAUUCGAGUUUGCAACCAUCCGGAGGCGCAUCAACCAGAACUUCCUGAAACUGGCAGCUGCUGACAGCGGGAGGCAAGUGCCUGCACGCGUGGGCUCUGCGGGCCCAACAGAGGAGGAAUUGGACGAGAUGGAGAUGACGUUCAUGGAGGACGUGUGGCAGCUGAUGCAGGCUUCCCACUUCCGCCUGCUCAGCAAGGAGGACUGGGAGACCGCACAGGAGGAGCAGUUCACCUUCAAUAGCCCCGUGGAGGUCAACUGGAACUACAUGGACGGAGAGUUGCUGCACCGCUUCUGGGCCAGCCAUGAGGAGGAGCGCGCCGGCGCGGCAUCCAUCGCUGACCGCGUCCUUGUCUUCCACCGCGGCAUCUCCACCGUGAGGGCUGAGGGGCAGUACAUAAACGACAAGAUAGACCUGCUGGUGCAGUACCUGUUGGUGGACCCCUUCCAGGCGCUCUACACGCGCAUCUUCAAGCGCAAGGCGCGGACCACCUCCUUCCCUGACUCCUGCGACGCGCUCAUUUCCUGA